CCCCCCCCCCCCCCCGUCGUGGGGAUGACACGCUGCGGCGGAGACGGGGAACUGGAAACACUGUGGAUUAGAAGACACUGAGGAUGUGACUGCGACGGGAAGCGAUCGUCGCCCCCGUGCAAGAAAUCCAUAAUAUAAUAAGUCAUUUGGGUUUUUGUUCUUCUCCUUCUUCUUCUUCUCCUCCUCCCUGAGUGCACCAUUGACUGAACAGUAUUCACAAGAAGAGAAGACACGAGGAGCCUUGUGUACAGUCUGCACCAUGUCGGCGGUGAUGAUCACACGGAAGGUGCGGAAAUGGGAGAAGCUCCCGGGUAAGAACACCUUCUGCUGCGACGGCCGCGUGAUGAUGGCCCGGCAGAAGGGAGUCUUCUACCUGACCCUGUUCCUCAUCGUCGGGACCUGCUCCCUCUUCUUCGCUUUCGAAUGUCCAUAUCUGGCUGUGCAUCUGUCUCCUACCAUCCCAGUUUUCGCUAUUGUGCUCUUCCUCUUUGUCUUGGCCAUGUUGCUGAGGACGAGCUUCAGUGACCCCGGGGUGCUGCCGCGGGCCCUCCAAGAGGAAGCCACAUUCAUCGAGAUGGAAAUCGAGGCCGCCAAUGGGAACGUUCCCGCGGGCCAGCGGCCUCCGCCUCGAAUCCGAAAUGUUCAGAUCAACAACCAGAUCGUCAAGCUCAAGUACUGCUACACCUGCAAGAUCUUCCGACCACCUCGAGCCUCUCACUGCAGCAUCUGUGACAACUGUGUCGACCGAUUUGAUCACCACUGUCCGUGGGUGGGCAACUGUGUGGGCAAGAGGAACUACCGCUACUUCUACCUGUUCACGCUGUCCCUCUCCCUGCUCACCAUUUACAUCUUCACCUUCGACAUUGUCCACGUGGUCAUGCGCUCCGUGGAUAAUGGCUUUCUGAACACUUUGAAAGAAACACCUGGAACUGUGCUGGAGGUGUUGGUGUGUUUCUUCACCCUGUGGUCAGUGGUGGGACUGACCGGCUUCCACACCUACCUGCUCUCUCUCAACCAAACCACCAACGAGGAUAUUAAAGGAUCAUGGUCUGGAAAGAACAGAGUCCAGAACCCGUACAGCCACAAGAACAUCAUCAAAAACUGCUGUGAGGUGCUCUGUGGGCCGACCUACCCGAGCGUCUUGGACAGAAGAGGACUGACGCAGGAGGAUUCGCCUGUUCCUGUGGCGUCUGCUGCACCCAGCAGCAGCAGCAGCAGCAGCAGCCCAGUGCCACAGACCACGCAUGCUGUCCUCUGCCUACAGAAAACCAAAGCUCCGCUCAUCCCCAACAAGCGCACGCCUGACGAUGCCAAGCCGAGCAUUGCUGCCUCAGCACAGAAGAGCCCCUCCCCCAAAGAGGAGAACCCUCCGGCUCCCAAGGCUCCGCCCCUGGCGUCACCCGAGAUGGACGUGGAGACUUCCAUCAACAAGGACAAGACUCAUUAGCUGUAUGAGGGGGCGGGUCUAAUCGUAGCCCCCUCCCCAUGCAGCACCCUGCCCGGACAGGAAAUGGAACAUUAAUAAUCAAUGUCUAAUGACUGUGCGGGUGACUCGGUUAUUCUCCGACUCUUGUCCGACAUUCAACCAGAAGAGUAGAGUUUUUGCUGCUGCAGCUCCUCCUCUUCCCUCCUUUUCACCAGGAGCUGCAGAGGUGUUUGAUUGACACUUGCUCCUGCAGGAGGGGGAGUGAUUUUAACGGAAAGUCAGCAGAUUUACUCUGACUCCUGAACACUGCAUGCAAAAGACACGCAGGGGGAGAAGCCUCUGGGAAAACCGCAAAAAAAAAAAAAUGGAAAGGGGUAAAAAAAAAAGGAAACUCUUAAAGCGUAUGACUUUCCCUGUAGUCCACCUGUGGGUUGCUCUGAUUGUCCGACUUUUUCUUUGUUUAAAGUUGCAUAAUGACAUUUAUUGUGAGAGGCCAGUUCAAAUAUACUCCUUGCAAGUGUCUGAUGAAGAGGAUAAUACUUCUGGACGUGUAUAAAUCUUCAAACAUACAGUCAGUUUUUUGUUGUGUGCACAUUACAUGCCCCUAUGCAAACCAUGAGAAGGCUGGACAGGCUACGUUUGUCUGUGUGAGGAUCGAAGCAUCUCACGUGUAAGUGUGCGAGUGCACAUGAUGUCCAGGCAGGGGGAGGACAUGCAAAUCCUUAGCUGAAAUAUCCCCAAAGGCUCCUUCCAGGCAAGUCCAAAUGUACCUUUUUAUUCUGAUAUUGCUGCAUUCAGUGUUGUUGUUAAUUAUCUUUUCUUUUCUUUUCUUUCAUUGUCAAUUGAUCCAGACCAACGCCUGUCCUUCCACUUUUAUAUAAUCAAGGAUGCAUUGUGACGCUGGCGCUCUGAAAUUGAUGAAACUGUUGUGUGCACAGUUCAAGUCUUUGCCUCCGGGAGAUGGUUAGUCCCAGUGUGAGUGAGUAGAGGCCUGACUCCUGACGAUCGGAGACACUCGUAGUAACAGUGCCUUAUGAUAACAGUUGCACUAUGAAAUGAAACUUGGGUCAACCAACAGAGAAAAUCCAUUCUCAUUCAGUGUUGAAUGAGAAAUGCCAAUGUUUGAUACACUAAUCGAUCCAGUGGUUCCCAACCGGGGGGUGGGGGGUCACGAGAUGAACCCGAGAGGUCACAAGAUCAAAAAGAAUAGUUUGACAUCUGCCUCUGUCCAAUGGGUAAAACAGCAGUAGCUCUAAAAAUCCUUGUAUAACACAUUACACUCCGUUUGCUUUAUUCUUACACAAACUGACAACGUGACGACAAUUUGUGGUUUAACAGCCGGAGCUCUUUCUCGACUUCACGUCACUUUUGUAUUUCAGAAUUUCUACAAAUGUGAUGUCAUUUAAUGACACGUGCAAGCUGAGUGGUAUCAAUCAAUCAAUUAAUCAAUCAUCUAAGAGUAAAUAUUUAUUUCUCUGAGAGGAAAAUGUAUUAUUUUAAUUUUUUUAAAUAAUUUUUGCAACAAAAUAGUAUAAAAUUGUGCUUUUUUUCUCCUGAAAUUCUAUGAGUUUUCUUCCAGAAUUGAUGUUUAAAAUAAAAUCUGAUAAGGAGAAAAACACUCUUUGGUUGAACUGAUUAGAUGCUGCUGCGUUUUGAGGGGUUGUGGGUCUUCAGGGUUGGGAGCCACUGAACCAGACCUUGUGGAGAAAAAAAGAAAUAGCAAAGCCAUGGUCGAAUUUUAGGUUUUAGGAGGUUAAGAUGUACUUAAAAAUCUCUCAAAUGAUGAGUGAAGAGGACAGACAUCAGCAAGGUUUUUUUAUUAAAAAUGUUGAUUCAUUUUUUAUUUAUUUGAAACUGAAGUGUGGCCAAGUGUUAAAUAUUCUGCCUGUGAGCUGGAGCACCUCGCCCUGCUAAUCAGAGCUGAUCUUCCUCAGAGUCCUCUCUCUUCCUGCCGUCUUCUGCCUUUCUCAUAUUUAACUCACCUUCUCCUCCUUUUCCUCACAUCUUUGCUGUGACAUUUCUUUUUCCCCGACAGUGAACUUCUUCCACUGCAGCUGUCUUUGGCAGAGAGAAGACAGACAUACGUGCAGAGCUCUCAUUUCACCCAUAUGUGUAUUUCAGACGGAGCACAGCCUUGGACGCGAACUGAGAGUUUGUUUUGUUUUGCUCACAGAGAUCGCUUGAGGGGAGACGGAAACACGAGAAAGGAAAAUGAAGCAAAUUCUUAGUAAUUAAAUGAUUUUAGCAGAUAGCGAGAGUUUGUCGUAGUGAUUGUGUUAUAUGCAAGACACAGUAAGUGUUUGUGAAGAUAUACUUGUGUAGAAAUUCUAGUGUGGCGACAGCAUCGUGUCAGACCCGAAAUCUGCCCGGGAUUAUUUGUUUUAAGACUCAAGGUCACAACCCCUCCUUAAUCUCCUUAAAGAUUAGCUCCAAGAAAUAUGAGCGUGGAUGCAUGGGAAAUAAAUUUAAGGACGCUGGGAUCGUUGGCAGCUGUAUGAUCCUUUUUCAUGGAGCAGUUUAAAGCUCAUGACUGAUAUUGGAUACUUAUGAAUAAUAAAAGAUCAAUAUAGGCCUGCAAGUAACUAUCUUUGAUUCAUCUGUGGAUGACUUUCUUGAUUAAAUGAUUCAUUGUUUGCUCUAUUUAAUAUUGAAAUAAUAUUCGAAAUAGUGAUUGUCCCAAACCCCCAAAAUAUUUAUUUCAUCAUGGGAAAUUGUGAAAAUAUUUACAUUUGAAAAUCUGGAAUGAAAUUCUAUUAAUUUCUUCUUGAAAAAUGCCAAACAAGUAAGAAUGUUGGUUGAUAGAUUUUCUUUCACUCGUCUUAUUGAUUAAUCAACUUAGCGUUUCAGCUCUAGAUUAAUCCUUUAUCCGUUUUUUACUUUCUCUAUACUCGGAUGUGAAAAGGAGGAAGGACUGACAUUGGAAGAAGCUGUAACGUGUGUGGCAGUAUUGUUUCUGUGAAGUAAAGAAGUGUAACUACUGAAUAUAUUAUUAUUAUUUUUUGAAAGACUCUCCAGAAAUGAACGAGACGUACUAGGCCAAGAGCGGUUUUGGUGGAUUUUCUCCGUGGAAGGUAUUUGAAGAUGUUUCCGAUUGCGUUGUGUCACCGAGAACAAGAAUGUAUGAGAUUGAUUCUCGAUUAAAAAAAGAUGGGACGUUUGUGCCGAAGCAGAAUUUAAAAGGGAGCGUUGAACUUUUUUUGUUUCUGUUCUAAAGGUUCGCAGGCCGUCGACCGACCGAGCUGAGCUGUUGUACGUGUGAUUCCUGUGUUUAAAUGCCAUGACGAAAUCAGACCUGAAUGCUCUGAUCAAUGUAUUACAUUGCAUUAUGUAUACAGAUACAUUACUAUACCAUUGAAGAAGCUCUUAUUUAUGUUCACUUUUAGUAUCAACACUGUGAUUAUAUGUAAAUCAUUUAAUUUCCUUCACUUCUUUUUACAUGAUCAAUGUGUCUGGUAAAUAAACAAUAUUGUCUUAUUAUUA